AUGACGUCCAUCCCCGCCUUCACAAAAAAAUAUAAGGUGGUGCUGCUCGGGGACAGCGGGGUGGGGAAGACAUCACUCGUGCAGCGCCUCGUGAAGGACGAGUGGAACGAAAACCAAAACUCAACUGUCGGCGCCUCCUUCUUCCGCUACUCGUUCCCUGUGGACGACGUCACCGUUAACUUCGACAUCUGGGACACCGCGGGGCAGGAACGCUACAAAAGUCUCGCUUCCAUGUACUACCGCGGCGCCGCGGCGGCUCUCGUCGUCUACGAGCUGCCGCUGUACGAGACCUUUGAGCGGGCGAAGCACUGGGUGCGGGAGCUUGCGGCCAACUCGCCCGAGACGAUUAUUACCCUCGUAGGCAACAAAAGCGACCUGGCAGGGCGGCGCAACGUGAGCACGGAGGAGGCCGCGGCGUACUCGAGGGAGUUGGACUUGAUUUUCACCGAGUCAAGCGCCAGGGACGGUGCUGGGGUGCGUGAAGUAUUCGAGAAGAUAGCCCGGCAACUGGUGGCUGCAAACAACCAGAAUACCGUGCGAGAGGGCGGUGUGGUCGGGGGCCGCCAGCCAAACACGAAUUUAAAGCGACCGAACUGCUGCAGCUAA